AUGAGCGAAAGAUAUCCGCUAUGCAGUCAAUUAAUUGAAAAUGAUCGGAUUCCAGAAUUCGAUAAUAUGUACUUGGACAUGAACGGUAUCUUGCACAAUUGCACGCACAAAAAUGAUGAUCAUUCGUCGCCUCCACUUCCCGAAGAAGAAAUGUAUAUUGCUAUUUUUAAUUACAUUGAACAUCUUUUUGAAAAAAUAAAGCCAAAAAAGCUUUUGUAUAUGGCCGUCGAUGGUUGUGCUCCUAGAGCAAAGAUGAAUCAACAGAGAAGUCGGCGUUUUCGAACUGCCAAGGAUGCUCAUGAUGCUCGUUUAAAGGCAGAGAAAAACGGCGAAGAGAUUCCAGAGGCUCGUUUUGAUAGUAAUUGCAUUACCCCAGGAACCACAUUUAUGGAACGAGUGUCGCGUCAACUCUAUUAUUUUAUUCAUAAAAAGAUUACCAACGAUUCCAAUUGGAGUAAUAUUCAGGUUAUCCUUUCUGGACAUGAUACUCCUGGUGAAGGUGAACAUAAAAUUAUGGAGUAUAUUCGUACCCAAAAGGCUCAACCAGAUUAUAAUCCCAAUACACGCCAUUGCUUGUAUGGUUUAGAUGCAGACUUAAUUAUGCUUGGUCUCUUGUCUCACGAUCCUCACUUUUGUUUACUAAGAGAAGAGGUUACUUUUGGCCCAGCUAGUAAACGUCGUUCGACGGAGCUGGCAAAUCAGAAAUUUUAUUUGUUACAUUUAAGUCUCCUUAGAGAAUAUUUAGAAUUUGAAUUUCAGGAAUGUCGUUCAUCCUUUUCUUUUAAGUACGAUCUCGAGCGAAUUCUUGAUGACUUUAUUUUAUUGGCAUUUUUCGUUGGUAAUGAUUUUCUUCCUCAUUUACCCGGUCUACAUAUUAAUGAAGGUGCUUUGGCUUUAAUGUUUAACAUUUAUAAGAAGGUGAUGCCAACUGCUGGCGGUUACAUCAAUGAACACGGCGUUAUUAAUAUGGAUCGCUUGGAACUUAUAUUGCUGGAACUUGAAAAUUUUGAAAAAGAAGUAUUUCGUUCUGAGGUUUAUGAGUCUAAAAGGCAACCAGCAAACGAAAAACAAUCUUUUGAUUUUCAAAAAUACCUUAAAACUUUCAGUGAUGAUAUUAAAGCUCUUACAGUGAAUCAGAAACAAUUUUAUGCAUCUAUCCGCAAAUUUUUGUCUUCUCGUGACCUUUAUUUAGACUUUCCACCUAAUAUAUCCACCGCCGACCAACGUUUUAUCCGUCAUCUUGCAAACGAAUUACAUCUCUCCUGUGCUAAGCUAACCAGAGUGGAUGGCAUCGAAAAUGUGAGAGUUGCUUUCAAGGAUUUGGCAUUCGAGGGCGAUGAUGAAGUCGAACAAGAAGAAAUUGAAAAAGUCCUGCAGAAAUAUGAUCAGCUUCCUUUACUACAUGAAGAUCAACUUAAACAAGAAGCUAGCGUUGAAGAUGAUUUCAUUCAAUGGAAGGAUGCCUAUUACCGUGACAAGGUACACUUCAGCUAUUUUAACGAGGAUGCUUUGCGGGAUAUGACUCAAAGAUACGUCGAAGGCUUACAAUGGGUCCUCUUCUAUUACUACCGUGGUUGUCAAUCAUGGGGUUGGUAUUAUAAUUAUCAUUAUUCUCCCAAAAUAUCUGAUGUUUUAAAGGGUUUGAGGGCAAAAACUGAUUUUGAGAUGGGUACACCAUUCCGUCCUUUUGAGCAAUUGAUGGCAGUAUUACCAUCUAAAAGCAGCGAAUUGGUUCCUCCUUCUUUUAGAGAACUUAUGUUCAACUCUGAAUCUCCUAUCAAAGAUUUCUACCCCGAGAAUUUUACUUUAGAUCAGAAUGGCAAAACGGCUAGUUGGGAAGCUGUCGUUAUUAUCCCAUUCAUUGAUGAGCGUCGGCUUUUGGAUGCUUUGCGAUCUCGAGAAAAUCUUUUAACGGACAACGAACGCGAACGCAACAUGUUUAGACCUCCGACUGUAUUUACUUUAGCUGAAAAUUACACAUCGAGCUUCCCUUCUUCAUUGCCCUAUGUGUUUCCCGACUUGAUUACAAGAUGUGUGGAGCGACCGUACCAACUGCCAUCUAUGGAUGGUAAACAGUACUUGGUUGGUUUAUGCCCGGGAGUAUAUUUAGGUGCAUUUGGUAUGGUAGGAUUCCCAUCGUUUCACACCUUGAAGAUUACAGCUGAACUUUCCUUGCAUGGCAUAAACGUUUUUGGAAAUGAGAGCAAAAACCCGAGCGUGAUUGUUGACGUUCACGACCAAAGGCAAGCGUUGACAAAUGAACAGCUUGCCGCUCAGUACAUUGGUCGAAGAAUAUUCGUAGACUGGCCAUAUUUACGUGAAGCUCUCGUUGAAAGUGCUGCGGAUGGAAAUGUCGUUUACCAAAUAACCGAUGGUGAACUAGAACAACGAGAAUUAAACGAAUAUGAAAAGAAGUCUUUUGAACGGAAGGUCUCGUCUAAAGGAAGAGAGUAUAACAAGCGUUUUGGCGUGCUUUUUGGUGAUAUGCGCCUUAUGUUACAAGUUCGCCCUAUAAAAGGCUUACAGUACACCCAAGAAGGGGCUCUGGUGAAAGCUUUUAAUGACAAUGUUUUAGACGACUAUCCAAUUCAGUUGGUGGUUGAUAAAAUUGCUAUUGACGAUCCACGUUUUAUUGAAAAAGAAGCUCCUCCUCUUGACGUCGAAUAUCCUUCAGGUACUAAGGCAUUUCAUUUGGGCGAAUACAAUUAUGGCAGACCUGCCCAGGUGAUUGGUUGUAAAAACAACAGGUUGGCUAUUUGGUUAUCAACCGCCCCUGGUUUGGAUGCUACUUGGGGUCGUAUGCUUGUGGAAGAUUCCAAGUCUAAGCAGAGGUAUUAUCCCUCUUACGUGGUUGCUAAAAUGCUCAAUUUACAUCCUCUGCUUUUAAGUAAAAUAACGGCUAGUUAUCUCAUUACAGUUGGCAAUAAAAGAGAAAAUAUCGGUUUGAAUUUGAAGUUCGAUGCUCGAAACCAGAAAGUGUUAGGAUAUUCAAGAAAAAGUGGUACCGGCUGGGAGUUUUCUGAUAAAGCUGUGUUGUUGAUUAGGGAGUAUAUGGAUACUUUUCCACAGUUAUUUCACAUCCUAACCACCCAUGCCACUAAAGAAAAUGUGAAUGCUAAUGAUUUGUUUCCUAAGGAAGAGGGUGGAAAGUUAACAGCUGUCAAGACAUGGAUGAAAGAAAAAGAAAUAAACUCUCUUUACCGAGUCGCCUUGGAUGAAGAUGCAUUGGAUACAGAAAGUAUUCAAAUGGUAGAAGAAAAAGCCGCAUCUGUUGAUUCUACUUAUCAAGUUCCUCGAAAAGUUUUCGGUGUUCCCCGUUAUGCUUUAUUGAAACCUUGUCAAACUAAAAGUUUGCUACACAGUCAGACAUUCUCUUUGGGUGAUCGUGUCGUAUAUGUUCAAGAUUCUGGUAAAGUUCCCAUAGCUGCUUACGGUACGGUUGUCAGUAUCGCCUCUCAUCAGCUUGAUGUUGUUUUUGAUUUACCAUUCAUGAGUGGUACAACCCUGGACGGGAAAUGUUCUCCAUAUAGAGGAAUGCAAGUUGAACCCUCUAUGAUUUUGAACGUCACAGAACCCCAGUUUGUCGUUACUACCCGUGCUGGAUCCGCCAGAAAAAACAAAUCGGUGAGUAAUACUACCCCAUCUCAUCCUAAGUCAACUCCUUCAAGUCGUCUUGUAACAGAACACAGCUCAGCUUAUCCUCCUCCUCCUCCUCCUCCUUCUAGUGCAUGGGCCAAGAACACAGAAUCAAGAUCAUCCAAUGGCCAGUCAUUGCAUAGUGUUCCUUCUUUGCCUUUUGAUUACUCCACAAAUAAGUCAAACAAAAAGCCCACACAAGCAAAUUACCAUCGUCAUUCCAACGCAUAUUCGCCGAACCAGAGAGGACGAGGUGGUAAACGUGGAGGCAGAGCGAAUCGCCCAGAUUCUGAAACGCACGAAGUUACUAAAAAAUUGAACAACGUUCAAAUUUAA